CGUGGCUGCCCCCUCCCCUGCGUCUGGCCGGGCUGAAGUGCGCCCAGCGCCCUCACGGGGGGAGGGGGUGGACGCGGACGCCGCCAUGUUGGCCGCCGCCUGGCUGGGCAGGUGCUCCUGGGGGCUCCUGAGAGGCGCGAGCCGGCCCCUGGGGGGCAGCGGCGCGAGGCCGCUCGCGAGCCGGUCCCGGGCGGCCGGAGGCGGAAACAGCCGCCGCGGCUUCUGCCUCGCGCUGGGCUCCUCCCCGCUGAGCGGCCUCGCGCCGCGGGCGCCCUCCUCCCCCUCCCCCUGCGGCGCGAGGCGGGAGCCGCGGCGGCUGCUGCUGCUGCUGCGCGCGCCCUCCCCGGCCCCGCUCUCCCCGGAGCGGCUCGCGAGCGACUCCCCGCGCCCCGCCGGCGGGGACAGCCCCGCGCCGAGGCGGCGCAGCGACGGCGAGGCCGGCCCGCGGGGGGAUGCGGCGCGGAGGGGCCGAGGAGCCGCCAGCGGGUACUCGGAGCUGUAUGAAAACCCAUGGACAAUCCCAAAUAUACUUUCUCUGGCAAGAAUUGGUUUGGCUCCAGUUUUGGGUUAUUUGAUUGUAGAAGAAAAUUUCAACAUUGCAUUGGGUGUUUUUGCUUUGGCUGGGAUAACAGACUUGUUGGAUGGCUUUAUUGCACGAAACUGGUCCAGUCAGAAAUCUGCUUUGGGAAGUGCCCUUGACCCGCUAGCUGAUAAAAUUCUUAUCAGUGUCCUGUAUGUCAGCCUCACUUGUGCAAGUCUUAUUCCAGUUCCACUGACUACUUUGAUCAUUUUGAGGGACAUAGUGCUAAUUGGUGCUGUUUUUUAUGUGCGAUACAAAACACUAUCCCUACCGAGAACACUUAGUAGAUAUUUCAAUCCCUGUUAUGCCACUGCCCAGUUAAAACCAACUUUCAUCAGCAAGAUGAACACAGCAGUUCAGCUAAUCUUGGUGGCAGCUUCUUUAGCGGCUCCUGUUUUCGAUUACGUAGAUAGCAUAUAUCUACAGACUUUAUGAACCAAGCAAUAUAUCAGUGCUUAAUUUGUUAUGAGAGAAAUAGCUAAACACAUGAGGAAGCCAGUCAAAACCCAAGGAUGAAAAGUUAAGAAACUAAAGUCUUCCAAAUCAGCAUGAAGGUAUCGCAGAAGGUAUGCACAUCCCUAAAUUAAAAUACAUACAUAAAUGUGGAAAGGUCAGGAAAAAUCUGAUAUUGUUAAAUGGAAAGUUAUGGCAUUUUUUCCAGUUAAAAGGUUUCAUUGCUAAAAUUGUAGCACAAGUGAUGCCAGUAGAAAUGGACAAACUAUGGCAGGUAAAACAAACUAGAAAUUAACCAAUUUGAAGAGCAAAUAACUUUAAAAAAAAAAGAAGAAGUUCUUUAAAUAUCUCUGAAAUAAGAUGCUUGAGGGAGUCAGUGAUGUCUACUAGGUUACCAGGGAGUAUAGGUGCAAUCUAUGAGAAAAAGAACACAAUGGUUUAUUUCCAUCAGUCUUUCCUGGCAUAGCUGUUGUCACAGUUCAGGGCAACUGCACCUGUAUUUUCCCUGCAUGGGCCCUCAAGGGCACCGCCUCUAGGCUCCUAGCUCCUCAGCAGUCACUUCUUUUUGGCAGAGACCCUCAUGUUUUUCCAGGCUGCAAAGUUCCCUAGCUAUACUGUGAUAUUACCAGCAAGCCAGAUUGACUAAACACACCAGUGUCUGUGCUUUGCUUUCUCUCUGAAGGUUUAUGAACAGUAUAAUUGCCAGCAGUUACAAGUUACCACACAGCUCUUUAGAAGCAAGCACAUUUAUUCCUAAGGUGAAAGCAUUACAGAGAAAACAAAAAAACCCGAUAAUAAUGCUAAAAGCUCACCGUAAAUUACUUAUCAAUCUUAUAGGGCCUCAGUAGGCCAAAGUCCUUUCAAUCUUUUCCAGGAAGAAUUGGGACUCCCCUUGGACAGUUUGCUGGAUCAGAAAGAAGGCCCUGAGUCAGUUUAAACUCAGGCUGGGCAUCCCAAAGUCCUUUUUUUGUCAGUUGGUCUCUGGUGAAUCCAGUUUGAACUAGUAUAUAUGAGCCUUUCUAGGUGGUGUGGUACUUCUCGGAAGGUGUUACAACCUGAGUGAAUUUGCCUAAUCACCCCCACUGUUCUUCGUUCCCAGAAGAGCUGUAGUUUCCCUUCCCUGUGAAAUUACAUACAGUCCCUGACUCAUGAUACAUAAACUUAAUAUAGCAAGAUCUCCCAAAGUUAUUGCAGGAAAUUGCCCAAGUCUCUCUCAGCUAUUUUCAGGUAUAAAGGUGUGAGACACUCUCAAUUUAGGAUGCUUAGAAGGAAAGAUAAUUUAAAUUGCGACAAGUGAACAGACUAGAUGGUAUUUGUCCAUGAAUUGUAAAGGAACUUACUAUAAGAAUGAAGUGGCUGAGCAGUUAAUAGAAAUACACAAUCUACUAUUAGUUAGAAACUAUACUAAAGAACUGGUGGAUCCAGUAUACCUAUUUUUUAAAAGGUUCUGAGUAAUUAGUGACCUUUAUUUCAAUAACCAAGUAAAUCUGUUGAAAAAUAUACUUAUUAAAACUUGAUACUAUAUGGAAGCAAACUGGGAUAGCUUCUGUAAAAGGCAUUUUUGCUCUCACCUAUUAGGAUUCUUUAAAAGUUAACAGAACAGUGAAUAAAGGAGAACUGGUAGAUAUAACUUACCAGAAUUUUUAAAAGGUCUCACAAGAGUUAACUAUAAAAACAGAUUAGAUUAUACUAGUUUUAGAAUAGAGAUUUGACUAUGGCUUGUGUAGCCAUCAUCGGAGUGCAAUUGAUUGAAACAGUAGCAGUAUGUAUAUUUUAAGAUGUAGCAAGCAAGAAUUAUUAUCUUGAUUUUAGUGGGGGGGGGUGGUUUUGGUGGCAGUUGUCAUGCAUAUAUUUUUAAAAACAAACAAACAAGAAACCCUUGGAAGUAAUCCAUUUGGUCUGGGAAUAGUCUUUCAGUGUCAGCCAGUUCUCAAGUUGGUUAACACUGCAGAUACACUGAGCCAGAUUUGUCCCCCCACUUUUCUGUUUCAAGUAUAACUGGAUUAAAAAUUCAGCCCAGUACAUGAUGAAGUCUGUGGUGAAGCAGACUACUGAACAAUGAAGUUUGCUUAUGUGAAUACACUUUGCUUUGCAGUGAGGUUUAGUUUUGAAUAUGAGAUUUGUUGUUUACAAUCGAAGUUAAUCAUUAAAAUGAGAAGGGGUGGGUGAGAAUGUCCUUAAUCACACUUUCUUCAACCUUUGAUCUCAGUCUCUGUGGCUAGCAUAGGCUGUCCCAUAAUAUACACACUCAGAUUGUAGCAAAGAAUAGGGAAACCAUUUAAAAUACAGCUUGGGGCAUUAUUCAAAUAUUUAAGCACAAAGAAACUAAUUUAUGUUAACCAUUUUCCCC